CUGCGCCGCGAGGAGGCGGCGGGCGGGGAGACAAAGGGGCUGCCCCGCGCGGGGCACGGCUGCGGGCUGCGCCGCUGCUCGGGGAGAGCGGAUCCGCGCGCUGCCGGCGCGUCGCUUCUCACGCGCCUCUUCUGUGUUACUGCUAAGGCACCUCUGUCGCGGCGUCGACUUCGGCGUGCCCGGCCGGGGAUGUGAGAGGCGGCGCGACGGUCCUCCUCGCCGAGAGCCUGCGGUUGCGGUCGGCUGAAGGUUUUGGAACGGAUGUUGGAAGAUGUUAGCUGUGGAUACUGGGCUUGUGGAGGAAUGGUUAUCGGAGUUCAAGACACUGCCAGAAGCAUCCAUAUCCAGCUAUGCUACAAACCUGAAAGACAAGAGUGCUCUGAUUUCAUCUCUUUACAGAGUAAUUCAGGAGCCACAAAGUGAACUUCUGGAGCCAGUCUGCCAUCAGCUCUUUGAGUUCUAUCGCAGUGGUGAGGAGCAAUUACUACGAUUCACACUGCAGUUUCUGCCCGAACUGAUGUGGUGCUACCUUGCUGUCUCAGCCAGCAGAGAUUUGCAAAGCAGUGGAUGUAUAGAAGCCCUUCUUCUAGGAGUGUAUAACUUGGAGAUAGUUGACAAAGAAGGACACAGCAAAGUGCUGAGUUUCACUAUUCCAUCUUUGUCCAAACCUUCAGUAUAUCAUGAACCUUCCAGUAUUGGCUCCAUGGCUCUUACUGAAGGAGCUUUAUCCCAGCAUGGUCUGUCCAGGGUUGUGUACAGUGGACCUCAUCCUCAGAGGGAGAUGUUGACAGCACAGAACAGGUUUGAAGUGUUGACUUUCCUUCUGCUCUGCUACAAUGCUGCCUUAAGCUACAUGCCUGCAAUUUCUCUUCAGUCAUUGUGUCAGAUUUGCUCAAGAAUUUGUGUCUGUGGAUAUCCUCGCCAACAAGUGAGAAAGUAUAAGGGAGUAAACAGCAGGAUUCCAGUUUCAUCUGAAUUCAUGGUGCAAAUGCUAACAGGGAUUUAUUAUGCCUUUUAUAAUGGAGAAUGGGAUCUGGCUCGUAAAGCUAUGGAUGACAUUUUGUAUAGAGCACAGCUGGAACUGUAUCCUGAACCUCUGCUGGUUGCUAAUGCAAUAAAAGCUUCACUGCCUCAGGGUGCCAUGAAGUCUAAUAAAGAAGGUACAAAAUGCAUUCAGGUUGAAAUUACACCUACUUCAUCCAGGAUAUCAAGAAAUGCUGUGACUAGCAUGUCUAUCCGAGGGCACAGAUGGAAAAGACACGGAAAUACAGAUUUAGGAAUUGAAGAAGAACUGAUAGAAGUAUCUGAAACUGAUGAAGGGUUUUACUCUAGGGCUGCUUCUAGCACAAGUCAGUCUGCCUUAUCUAACAGCAGCAACACGAGCAGUAAGAACCUUUUAGGGAAGAGCCAACGAAGAUCUGGAGGAAGCAAAGCUGCAGGAAGAGAAAAAGAAGGAGAGACUUGUAGAGAACACUUGUCACGAAAGCAAACUCAGAGAGCCCUGAGUGAGAACCUAGAGCUUGUCUCUUUGAAGAGACUGACACUGACAACAAGCCAGUCCCUGCCUAAACCUGGUAGCCAUAGUUUGGCCAGAACUACCACGACUGUUUUUAGUAAAUCCUUUGAACAGGUCAGUGGUGUCACAGUUGCAAAUAAUCGUGGAGGUGUAUCUGGUACAGAGGCAAACAGGUUCUCAGCUUGCAGUCUCCAGGAGGAAAAGCUUAUCUAUGGAACAGAAAGAACAGACCUCCCAGUAUUAAGCAAACAACCUAAUCAACAGCGACCUCCUAGUAUUAGCAUAACUUUGUCAACAGAUUGAUAUCAUUACAUUGGCAAAAUGAAAUAUGGGGUUUUAUGCAGGUAUUGGUACUGUACCUUAAGCUCCUAAUACGUCCUAUGUUACUUUCUUAACUCUCCAACCUGUAAAUUCUUAUUCUGCUCACAUUUGACGGUAGUGGUAAAUAGAGUUCUAAUUAUUCUGCAUCAGCUUCUAAUAGGUCGGAAAGUUCCUCUCUGACUUCCUGCAUUUAUCCUCCAGUUGUUUAUGACUUCAUGCAGUUUACAUCUUUACCAAAUUAACAAAUAUUGUUUGUUCAGCUACUGACCAAGAUGUCUGGCUUUUUAUGAAUGCACUAUAUGGGAACAGAGAGAUCCUCUAUCCCAGAUUCUACUAUUCACUACUGCUUAGCAUACUUAAAACUGCAAGUAUCUCUUUUAAGAGGAGCCUUGCAGCACGAGUAUAACAUUUGGGAAUGGCACUGUAAGAAUAUAAGUGCUCUUCUGUGAGUUAUGAGGAAGGUAUACUUAUACGUAAGGUUAAAACUAGAAGCAUCAGUUAUGUUUGAUGUUAUGGUGGUUUUUGUUAGUAUACACUGCAGUAUUCAUACUUCUGUAUGCCUACAAGUAUCUGAGGUAAAGAUGCAUUUUGUUUUAUAUAUGAAUCUUUGAAACUGGGCCAAAUGUCACAUGGUAGCAGUACGUGUGGAUGGCAGUUCUUAUCACCGACUGUAAUAGUCACUUUUCAGACAAGUGUGACUGACUCUGUAUUCCUUUCAGUUUCUUAAAUGUUGAGCAUAAAACUUCUCAUGGAAGAGUUGCUGUCAUCAGUAUUUGUAUUAUUUAUGAGGAAGAGAUGUGCUUAUGUGGAGGUAUCAUGUAGAAAAUAAGGGAUGAGCCCUUUGCAUGAAUCAAACAAUUCAGGAGUGUAACUGCAUUUACCACGAACUUGUUACUUGAGACUAAUAGUACCAAAGGAUGUGUACUUUUGGAAACUUGGAAGCACAAAGGGAAAUUACAAUGUAAAUAUAACUAGCAAUGUAAUUGCUAGUGUUUUGUAUCUAUUAUUUUUCUAGUUAGAAAUUGUCAAGGUGUUCUAAGUUACCUGACCUGUACGGUGACCUUGUUUGAUACCAAUUUUUAUAAGCUUCGGGCUUUAAUUAAAAAUAAACAUUAAAAUGGUUUAUGUGAAAAUCUGGAGAAGCAAAAAAUCAGUGGCAAUGAUGAUCUGAUAGACAGCUAAUCAUGGUGCGUGUGGAAUCGGGGUGAGGAUCUAAUGGCUGGUCAUUCCCAGCAGUCCUGAUUUCUGCAGCUAGUGAUCCUUUGUUGUCAAGGACAUAGAAGGACCUCGGAACAGACUCAAGCACUAACAUUAACAUUCUGGUAGACUUUCUGAUCUGCCUAGACGUGAAUGUUGGUGUCCCUUUUUAACUUAAACUGAAGCACAAGUAACAUUUAAACAGCUAAUGUUAUUCAGGUUUAUAGUUGAUUAAUUAAUGAAAAGAGAUGAGAAGACGUAGCUGAUAGGGGGUUAGUUGUAUGAUUCUACUUCUAAGACAGCAAACUAGUCGUGUGCAUUUCAUAAUAUUCCUUCAACUUGUUGAAGUAGCUGCAGCAGCCUAUGGGUGUUUGACUUCAGCUGAGUCUGAGUGUAAAUGAAUGUACCACGCUUUCUCAUUCAUGUUCUUCAGUUUGUUGAAAAACUGUUUUGUUUUAGCAGUGUAGUAUUUCACCUUCUCACAGUGAAAUGUCUUCUGAAUUGUACAUGAAAAUUUACAUUCCUGUUGUACAAACUACAGACUUGUCUUGUUUAGUGUUUAAUACUUUGGCCAGUAAAAUAAACUGGUAGUUUUUGAAA